CUCGAGUGCAUAAUAUAAUUCCCCUAAAAUAAAGUGCAAAAGAAGAAACCACCAUCAAGGCGAGAAAACCCAUGAAGAAGAGUUUAUGGGGAACGCGAUGUUGUCCACGCCUCUCAUCUACCAAUCAAAGCUUCUCUGUUUCUCUCUGUUAUAUCUCUUCUCCACUCUGUUUUUAGCUCUCUACACCUCUCUCCACCCUACCCAAUGCCUCUUCAGAUCAUCUCCUUUCGAUCCCAUCCAGGUUCCUCUCUUCUCUUACCCUCCCACCUAUGGAGAACACAAGUAUGCCAUUCCCACCAAUCGCAACCAUUGUUCCUCCCCUGUUUAUUUCUCUGAUUAUUGGAUUGCAUUGCAAGAGAUCCAAGAUUUAUGUCGGAAUUCAACUGUAUCUUCCCAGGAUUUGAGGUAUAUGGAAGGAAACGGUGAGAGUUUCGGUGGGAAUUUCAGUAACCAGAAGAGGAUGUCCUAUUUUCAUCAUUUAAAUGAUAGCGUGGAGAUUCCUUGUGGGUUCUUUAAGAAGUUUCCAGUCAGUGAUUCUGAUAGAAUGACAAUGGAGAGCUGUAAUGGAGUAGCUGUAGUCUCGGCAAUCUUCAAUAACCAUGACAAAAUCCGGCAACCAAAAACCCUUGGUUCCAAAACACUAGAUAACGUGUGUUUCUUCAUGUUUGUGGAUGAUAUAACCCUAAAAGAACUAAACCAUCAUCAAUUAAUAUCAAGAGAAUCCUUUCAAUAUAGUGUAGGUGUGUGGAGAAUUCUUAAGGUUUCAAGCACGCACUUGUAUGAAAAUCCAGCCAUGAAUGGAGUAAUACCUAAAUACUUGGUUCAUAGACUUUUUCCAAACUCGAAAUUUAGCAUUUGGAUAGAUGCAAAGCUGCAACUAAUGGUGGAUCCACUAUUGUUGAUCCACACAUUAGUUGUAUCAAAGAAAGUGGACAUGGCGAUAUCGAAACAUCCAUACUUUACACAUACAAUGGAAGAAGCAUUGGCAACUGCAAGGUGGAGGAAAUGGUGGGAUAUUGAUGCUUUGAGGUUACAAAUGGAGACAUAUUGCGAGAAUGGAUUGGAGCCAUGGACACCCACUAAACUCCCCUAUCCUUCAGAUGUGCCCGAUAGUGCUUUGAUCUUAAGGAAGCAUGGACCCAGCAGCAAUCUAUUCUCGUGCCUUAUGUUCAAUGAGUUGGAAGCAUUUAACCCAAGAGAUCAAUUGGCUUUUGCAUAUAUUAGAGAUCACAUGAACCCAAAGCUCAGGUUAAACAUGUUUGAGGUAGAAGUGUUUGAGCAGGUGGCUUUGGAGUACAGGCACAACCUGCAAAAAGAUAGAACCAGUAUAAGGGAAAUUUCGAAACCUGGAAAGCCCAAAAGGGUUAGCCAAGAUUUGUUUGUUAAUAGCAGCUGUUGUAGCAAGUGCCAGAAGUAUCUGUUUGAAAUGUGGGGGGAAUACCAUAAUUGAUUCUGUCUCUUAACUUAUUAGACUUAGCACAGAAAGAAAGGAUAAAGAAACAGGGGAAGAUUGUAAAGAAAAGAAAAGAAAAAGACGGCGAACGAAUAAACUUUCACAGGAAAAAGCUGACAAAGAAUAACAGGCUGGCAGGCUUUGUUCCUUUUGCCCUUCAAAUAGAGGUUUGAUCAUUUUAUUUUCUGGAAGGCCUUAUACGUGUGCGGUUCUAAAUUAAUUUAACUUCUGCUUAGGAAUUGAAAUUAAAUUCAAAUUUUAGUAUAGUUUUAGUUUAAUUUUUAUUAUUUUAAUUUUAAUUUAGUAAAAUUUUUUAUUCUAAUUUGAUUUA